UUCACCUGAACGCAGCACUACGAUUCAAGUAUGGAGAACAUGUUUGUUUAGCUGCAGGAUACAUGCUAAAUAUGCAAAAAGAAAGAAGAAGCAAACGCCACAAAGUUUGAUUUAUUAUAGGCUUCGCUCGUGCGGGGAUUUUAUGAAGUUCUGUUGUUGAAGUGAUAGCAGGAUCCACGUCACGGAGGCGUGGUCUGAAGCUCCUGGUGACCGCCUGCAGGGAUAACAAGAGGACUUUAGGGUGCAUCAAGCCUCUCCCUGACUAACGCCAUGGCUUUGAGCUCCUUCGACAUCGACGCGCCGCGGUGGGAUCAGUCCACGUUUAUGGGGCGACUGAAGCACUUCUUCAACAUCACCGACUGCAGAACCGCGCUCCUCUCCGACGCACGGCUGGAUGAAGCCAAAGCGUUAGUAGAAAGCUGCAGGGCUGGAUCCGUCCCUCCAGGAACCACAGAGGAGCAGCUCCACUAUGCAAAGAAGCUGUACGAUUCAGCCUUCCACCCAGACACAGGAGACCGCAUGAACCUCAUCGGUCGCAUGUCCUUCCAGGUUCCCGGAGGCAUGGCCAUCACAGGCUUCAUGCUGCAGUUCUACAGGACUGUUCCUGCUGUGGUGUUUUGGCAGUGGGUCAAUCAGUCCUUCAACGCUCUGGUCAACUACACCAACCGCAACGCUGCCUCACCUAUCACUCCAAAGCAGAUCGGAGUGGCCUACGCUACAGCAACCAGCACAGCUUUAGCAACAGCAGUGGGACUCAACCUUUACACAAAGAAAGCUCCUCCUCUCGUGGCUCGCUGGGUUCCAUUCGCAGCCGUGGCUGCAGCCAACUGUGUGAACAUCCCCAUGAUGAGGCAGCAGGAAAUUCUAAAUGGCAUCGCCGUCACGGAUGAAAACGGCAACAAACUUGGGCACUCGAAGAAAGCAGCAGCCAAAGGCAUCACCCAGGUGGUCGUCUCUCGGAUCACCAUGGCAGCACCAGGAAUGAUCAUUCUGCCCAUCAUCAUGCAGAGGCUGGAAAAGUACAAAUUCAUGCAGAGAAUCACGUUUCUACACGGACCAAUCCAGGUCAUGUUGGUGGGAGUCUUUCUGAUCUUCAUGGUGCCGGCUGCCUGCUCCCUGUUCCCUCAGAGAUGCUCUAUGGCCGUGUCGAAGCUGGAGCCCGAGCUCAGAGACUCCAUCGUGUCUCAAUAUGGAGAUAAAGUCCAGUUAGUUUACUUUAACAAAGGUCUCUAAGGCCCAGAGGACAGCUUUGUGUUUUCACUGUGACACAGCAGUUGGUGCUCCAGUCAGGGCUUUUACAAACCUUUCCCUCAUUUUUAAUUAUCAACCGAAGUGAUUUCUAGGUUCUAUUAUUUCAUUCAGAAUCUUAUUAUUUCUUUUCAAUUUCCCUUUUUCAUUAAUCCUAUGUCUGCAGGAAGGACAGGCUUUUAGGUUGCUGUAGACUUCUGUAUGGAAACCAAACAAUCUCAUCUCAGGAACAUAGUGUUGCUUUGCCUUUGUUGCUGUUUUCAUUGCAAAAUGAGCCUUCAGGGUUCUGAUCCUCCCUAUAGUCUGUGCCUUUUGAAGAGAAACAAGAGCAACACUGCUAAGCUGUGGUUAUAUUAGGUUAGUUCAACAGCAUUAGCUUCACUGUGGAAUCCUAAAAUGCCUUUUAUGAACUUGUGAAGUCUUAAAACGUCCCCAAUUUUAGUGGAAGCUGCUGCCCUCUUGUGCCAGAAAGGAGGUAGGCUGGAGAUUCAGUAUUGAUUCAUCAAACCAUUUCUAUUGAAAUGGUUUCCAUAAAAAAAAAAAAGAGUUUAUCUGUGCAAACGUAAACCUCAGCAUGAGUUGGAAUAAACUACAGUU